AUGCUCGAGAAUCUGCGCAAAAUUGAUCUUUCUGGUAAUCACUUAACCACCGAUAAAUCCCUUUUGUCUCUAUGCCAGAACUGUAGAUCACUGGAAGAAAUUUUAUUCUUCCAAUGUUUCAAAAUAUCCCAAGUUGGAAUUGCUUCUGCGAUCCGAAUGAUGCCAAGUUUGGCUUCGAUAUCCUUUAACAUUGAAAAGAAAAGAAGACAUGGACCUGGUUUGACACCCCUACCUAUUAACUUGGAUUUGAUCGAUUCAUUCGUGAGCUUGAAGAGAUUAAAAGCUAUUGAUUUGUCAAAUUCCUUUAUAUCGGAUGAGUUUCUUAUCUCAGUUGCAAAGGGUGCUGUUGAGUGUCUGAAAAAACUUGUCCUGCAAGACUGUUGCAACUUUACAUUUUCAGGAAUCUUUUAUGUUUUAUCCAAAUGUCAAUAUGUUCAAUGCUUAGAUUUUCGAAAAGCUGACUUUCUAACUGAUCAAUGUAUCAACAAGUUUUCAAUAUUUCUUCAUAACUUGACCUCUAUAAACCUUAGCGGUUGUUGCCAGCUAACAAACUCAACCUUUUUCAUACUCACGAGAAAUUGUCCCUUACUAAGUGAGAUCAAAAUGGAGAGAACGUAUAUCGGAGUAGAAGGUAAGGAAGAUUCCAACUCCAUGUUGGAUUUUUUCGUCAACCAUCAAGUAAAAGCGGUUUAUGUUGGUGAUAAUAUGUUACAACUGCUUGACUUUAAUGCUUGUGAGGGUAUCUCUGGAGAAUGUAUUAUUGAGGUUAAGAAGAGAUGCUAUGAGAUAAGACAUUUAAACCUUGCAUAUACAGGAAUUGAAAAAUUUGAGAUAAACUUUGAAGUUUCCCAAUUGAAGGUGUUAAACUUGUCAGGAUCAAAAAAUUGA